GCACAAGAACAAAACACAAUGUCUGGAUUUACAGACGCACCAAAAUCUGCUUAGAUUUUAUACCUUGAUAAAGAGAAAAAGGCUAACAAAGUGAAGAGGCAAAACCCAGAAAACAUAGCAUAGGACUCUAUGUUCAAGGGAGGCAACGGCAUGGGAGGAGGAGGAGCAGGAGGUGGAGGCAUGUUCAGGACAGUUGGGAGGGUGGCUACAAGGGCCAGAGUUGCCACAGGGAAAACCACUACUAACCCAGAAUCCGUUUCUUCUUCUUCUUGUGUUUCUCCGACUGCUGCUUCUGGGGAUGCUGCACAGAAGCAAAGCAAUCAACUUUUUAUAUCUGCUUCAAGCUAUAGCUUUGGUGGGAAUGUUCCGAGAAGUUCCAAUCCUGGCGUGCCCUCUAGUUGGUCCGCUUUUGUUGCCUCUCCCACCUCUUCGUGCUGUGAUGAGUUUGAUUGGGAUGCCUUGGAUGGGGUUGAAGAUGAGAUGCCACUUGGGUUUAAUGAUGCUAUUGGCCCUGUUCCUUCCCCUGAUGAAGUUCAAACCGCUGUCUCUGCCCUUCAGCAGGUUGUUGAUUACCCCAAGCUUGUCAGGGAUAAAUAUUCCUAUAAUGCGGGGAAGGAUGUAGUAGAUCCAACUCCAAGUCCAACUGGCUUGUUACAUCGAGUUUCUUCAGUUGGGUCAGACAUAGAUUGGAUGGAGCCUUCUGUGCAUCUCUAUACCUCAAGAGUGUUGCAUCCAUAUGGAUCAAACAGAGUUUAUGAUGCUUUCCAUUUACUGCAAACUGACCCAUGCAUUCAGAAAAUGGUGAUUUCAUUGUCUUCUGAUAAAGCUGUUUGGGAUGCCGUUUUGAACAAUGAGGCGGUGCGGGAGCUGAGGAAGUCAUAUUAUGCAGUCCUCUUUCCUAGAACCAACUCCAACGGUCCAACCACAAGACUGUUCUUUAGAGUGCACCUAACCAAUUUCACAGUUUCCUUGAAGUACAAUUUCAAGUUAUCAUCAUCUAAUAUUCUGAAGCAUCCAAAUGUUGAAUGGGUUUUUCAGGUUUAACUAAUUGUAGCUAAGAGUUUCUGAGACUAAGUGCAUUCUUAAGAGUUAAGACAAAUUAAUAGGAACUUGAUAGACAUCUUUUCACACAACUUGAAAUCAUUAAUGCAUCUUUCCUUGCCAAGGCAUGUGGCAUUCGUGAGACUCACUGCAGUGUUUAACAAAGUUCCAUUUUCUUCUUAAAAAGUGUGUCUGUGUGAGAAAGAGGGGGGUGGGGGUAGAUAACUGUUCUUAAGAAGUGUAAAUCUAGAUCCACUUUUGGGUAAAGAAAAGAUAAUUCUAUCUAGCUAUGGGGUCAAAGUGGUCUGCAUGUAGCAUUUGAAGAAAUUUUACAUUAUCAUUCCCGUUGUUCCUUAUCUCUUCUUCAUGUUGAGUUGAAGAAAGGGUUCAUGGAAGAGAAUCAUUGCUUGUGAGAGUCUGGGCAAUAAGCCAUGACAU